AGGUUCCACAUGGUCCUGAACCGCGACAUGUACUCCGACGAGCUUCCCGAUAUCCUUGUGGACGGGAAGAGCCAAGAGUACGACCCCCUGGGCGAGCCGAACACGACAAUCGCCUUGAACGACACCAUCGGUCCCCUCGACAAGGAGGUCGUCAUCCGAGUGCAGGACCGCCGCAAGGCACAGGCUUGGUACAGUUUCGGCUCGAAAGUGCACCACGACUACAAGAUCCGAGUAACGCAGCCUCCAGAGUUCGAUGAGGUUAUCAAGGCCACGGGCAUCAAGGUGCGUGGCGAGGACGACGUCGAAUUAAAGCCCGACAGCAAGUUCGAUGGCGAUAGAGUAGUAUUGAACACCUCGACGCGGCAGCCACCAGCAUCGAAGUGCAGACUAACUGCACGGAGUGGGCCACAAGCAUGAAAUUCAACGGCGAGCCGGCCCAAAGUCACAGUUGGAUCCCCGUGGAGUUCUCCGAGGCCAGACACUCAGUGACCAUCCAGUGCAUUUAUUUCGACCAGACAUGGUCGCCCGAGACGUACGAGCAGACUUACGAGCUGAACUUCAGGAGGAACAUUACCUACAGUGAGGACACAGCUCAUCUGAUGGUACAGAUGCUGCCACAUGACGGGUACUGCGUGAUGAAGGAGGGGGCAUCGGUACUGCCGACGGUCCCACCCAAGGGGACAAAUGCUUCCGACAUGGUCUUCGCGGAUCGUUCGCUGCUGAUCCCGUGGACGGAGGCGCAGAAAAAACAGCCCGGGGAUAUCGUUUGCCGCACCCAGACGGCGGAUGCGAAGCUGGUGCCAAUGUUCCACGGGCUGUCCGGCGUGUACAUGACGCUCCAGCGUGCGAGCGGGAGCAGCCGCGAGAAGAUCAGCAACGGCCUGCCGCAUCAGGUGCAUAUCGACAAGGGCCGCCAGAACUACACGAUUCGUGUGACUCUUGGUCUUGCCCAGCGGGACUACGCCGUGACGAUGAUGCAUACCGCUGCGCGGGGGGUACACGGGGUCUGCGGAUUUGGCCCGAGGCUUGCGAGAACAUGCGGUGCCCGAGGGACAUGGUCUCCAAGCACGAGGCAGUAGACGAGAGCGCCUCGGCCUGGUCGCGGCUCUGCCUGGAGGAGAAAUGCUCUGACCUCGACGUUGCUCACUGCUGCGUGAAGCGGGCGUCCUGCAGCGCUUUUGGCUUUGCGUGCCCAGAGCACACCGCCCUCCGUCUCGACAGUAAUGAUGUGCUAUGCAGCGGGAGUGAGUGCACAGAGGACGAUUCGAAGACAUGCUGCGAGCAGCGAGCCAAUUGUAGUACCUACCAUUCGGGAUGCGGCCACGGCAUGAUUCUUGCCGAUAAGGCCGACACUAUCGAGUGCGAGUUCUCAAAGUGUUCCAAAAAGGACCACGACACGUGCUGCCAGGAUAAGGCGACCUGCAGCAGUUACGCGGGGGACUGCCCGGCCGCCGAAGCCGUUCGGAUCGACGCGGAGACGUCAUUCUGCGGUGGUCUCGUGUGCGCCGAGGAGGACAAGAAGACUUGCUGCGCGCCCAAAGCCAGCUGCCGCGACUUUGCACUCGGAUGGCCGUGCCCGGGGGGGCAGGCCGUCGUGCAGCCCCCCACCAAGACGCUGUGCGGGGGCGGCGAGUGCCUUGAAAAGGAUGCAGCCAUCUGCUGCGAAGCCCGAGCCAUGUGCCCCAGCUUCACGUGUCCGGCUCACUCAAAACCGAAGCCUGGGAGCGAGCAGCUGCUCUGCAAGUAUUCCAAUUGUACCGUGCAGAACGACGAGUCCACCUGCUGUGACGCUCAGGCCACCUGUGCGAGCGACAUGACGGACGCGGAGUGCCCUGAAGGCCAUUGGCUUACCAGCGAUGCCGACGAGACUUAUUGUGCUGGAAAGGUGUGCUCCGACGAGGAAAAGGCUGCCUGCUGCAAGCCCAUGGCGUUGUGCAGAGAGUUUCCCUUCGAUUGCCCGGUGGGCCACAUGCACAGGCUUUCGGCCAGCCACGCCCACUGCAGGGAGGAGGAGUGCGACGAGCUGGACUCGGCCGCCUGCUGCAGCCCGAUCCCGGGCGUCACUGCGGCGCGAGGGGAGCACCUGUCUGGCAUAGAGAGCACGGACGUUCUCGAAUACCUGCGUGGUAACCCCGAGUCGGUUCGCAAGAUCAGCGGCUCGUGGAUUACGGGGCUGGAGGACAGGGACUGCGACAGCACCUGCGAGUCGCACGGGCUCAUCUGUACGGAGGCUGGCCUGUACGCCCACAACGCCGAAGUGGACAGCGCGGAGGAGGUGCUCGACCUGAUGAAGUCUUCGAACCGCCUGGACCUCCAAACUUACGAUGGCGACUGCCUCGACGACUAUGGCACCGAGGCCGACAUCCCGGUGGUCUUCGCGCGCGGCUGCUUCAGGUCGGCCGAGAACAGGUCGUUCGACAGCUUCAACUGCUCUGCCACGCCUGUCGAGGAUCCGCCUCAGAUGAAGCACCGCCUGUGCUACUGCCACGAGGUGAUCACCGACAUCUCGGAACUGUCUGGCAAGGACGCACAAGCGGAUGUCAGCAGCGAAGGCGAUGAGGGCACCACCUCGGAGCCGUACGACUGCGACGCUGGCUUCGCGCAUUGGGAGCAGGGCUGGUCUGAGUCCAAGAAGGAGUGGUGCUGCGAGAACAAGGGCGUCGCGUGCGAGGGCGAGACGAGCGAGCUCUUCGACAUACUCAGUGGGAUCAUCACCGCCCACGACUGCUGGCAUGUUGACUCCAAGGACUGGUCGAGCUCGCAGACGUUCUGGUGCGCGCACGAGCACGGUGUGCACCUCGCCGCGGGGAGUGGUGGGAGGUACGCCGCCCGCCAGCUGGUGAUGACGGAGGGCAAGAGCGUCGGGAAUUACAAGGUGGAGACGCUGGGCGACUGCGCCAAGAAGUGCGACGAGACGCCCAAGUGUCACUCCUUCUCCUUCAGCCUCGACGCUGGGCUCACCCGGGAGGGUUGCAACCUGAAGGGCAAGGUCGUCACCGCGGAUGAUCCAGACUCGGACAACCCCAAGAAGGGCGACUACAAGACCUACUACAGGGUCCUAAACACGCCGCUCGAUGACGCCGGCGAGAAGAAGGCAUCGACCGAAGACGCCGACGAGGAAGAGCCGCCUGCUGCCGGCACGGACGUGGCGUCCAGCGCGGGCGGGUAUGAGCACCGCUCGCUGGUGAAGAAGGAGGGCAAGAGCGUCGGGGACUUCCUGCUGAAGACGGCCCACGAGUGCAUGAGGAGGUGCGACGACACACCGGACUGCCACUCCUUCUCCUUCAGCGCGGAGGCCUGGCUAGACAAGAACAAGG